CUACCAAGUCUCCAUAGUCAAGCUCAGUUAAUUUUUGAUUGCUCUGGCGAAUGGUUUAUCACAAUAUUUCUCUCGCUACAACUAAUUCAAGCCAAAUACAAAAAAAUAUAUCUACAUACGUCUGUAUCUAACUUAAAUCAACCACUUCGCCCAAUGUUGCUUUUCGCUUUCAUCAUUGCUGUGAUUUCAAUUGCUGCCUGGCUCUAUAAGCUCAAUCGAGAUUAUUGUGUAAUGGCAUUUUUUGCCAAACGCUUAAAGACAAUAGACGGCACACCGCUUGAGAACAUUGUACCGCAGGCAAAUGCAGAGACAAUUUUCGCAAAUGUGUUCGAUUGUUUUCGUGCUGAUAAUGUUGCACUAUUUGAGAGCUCGCGUAUUUCAGCAGCCAAUUUGGGAAAAAGCUACGUGGAAUACGGAUUAUUUACGACUUUUUAUAACGUAAUUACCGCCGAAGAUGCUGAGCUAUUGUUAAAUGAUAAAAAUUUAAUUACAAAAGGCAUAGCAUACUAUUUUCUAGAGCCAUUUUUGCAUACUGGCCUACUGACAUCAACAGAUAAAAAAUGGCAAAUGCGCAGAAAAUUAUUGACACCUGCUUUCCAUUUUGAUAUACUCGGACACUUUGAGGAGGUUUUCAAGGAGGAGAGCCAGAAAUUCGUCGAUCAACUUAAUACAAUCGAUACAAACUCAGUCCUUUUGAAUGAAAUAAUACCAAAAUUUACAUUAAACAGCGUUUGUGAGGCUGCUCUGGGUGUCAAAUUAGACGAGCAACUGGAUGAUGAGCAAUAUCGAGCGAGUUUUAAAAUGAUCGAAGAAGGAUUUAUUGCACGUAUUAGGAAUCCAUUCUAUAUGAUCGAUGCCAUUUAUAAUAUAUUUAUGGCACCAAAAAUGGAAAAACACUUGAAAAUCGUACAUGGAUUCUCCAGCAAUAUAAUUCACAAGCGGCGUCCACUUUUUGCAGCAGAGUUGGAGCAAAGUUCCAAAAAUGGAGUCAUUGAGCAGGACAUUGGGUUUAUCAAGAAAAAGCGCUACGCCAUGUUGGAUACACUCUUACACGCCGAGCGCGAUGGACUUAUCGAUCAUGCGGGUAUAUGCGAGGAAGUGGAUACAUUCAUGUUUGAGGGUUUCGACACUACAUCAAUGGCACUGAUAUUUACUCUAAUGAACCUAUCGCUGUAUCCCGAAAUGCAGGAGCUGUGCUAUCAAGAGAUACUCGAACAUGUCGAAGAUGAUCUUAGUAAACUGGAUACAAAUCAGUUGGGUAAACUUAAGUACCUGGAGUGUUUUAUUAAGGAGACUUUACGUCUUUACCCCUCGGUGCCGGGUAUAAUGCGUAAGGCAAUACGGGAUACAUAUCUUUCUAAUAAUGUCUUUCUACCCGCGGGCACACAAAUCUCCAUACACAUCUUCGAUAUACAACGCAGUCCUAAGUACUAUAAUGAUCCGAAUAUGUUCGACCCGACACGUUUUACAGCUGAAAACUCCAAAGGUCGGCACCCAUACGCAUUUCUGCCGUUUAGCGCUGGUCAGCGAAAUUGCAUAGGCCAAAAAUUCGCCAUGUUGGAGAUGAAAACCUUAUUAGUUUUUAUGUUAAAGAAGUUCAAAGUAGUGGCCUUAAUGGAUCCAAAAGACUUACGCUUUGAAACGGGCAUUAUCAUAAGAACAGCUAACGCGAUUAAAGUAAGACUGCAGAAAAGGGUUUAAGCAAAUAAUUUUUAUUUGAAAACCCUUAACUUUUGGGUAUAAAGAACAACGAUUAUAAAAUCGUUCACAGUUACAUAAAUAAAGUACGGAAUAAGUCCAAGUCUAUACAUACCCUUGAAACAUUUAA